AUGGCAACCUCUAGGUCUGGCACUGUUAGUUUGAAGCUCCUCGUUGACACAACUCGCAAUAAAGUCCUGUUUGCUGAAGCGGGUAAGGACUUUGUGGACUUUCUCUUCACUCUCCUGUCUCUUCCCGCUGGCACUAUCAUUAGGCUGCUCUCUAAGGAAGCCAUGGUUGGUAGCUUAGGCAAACUUUAUGAGAGCGUUGAAACUCUCAACGAUGAAUAUUUGCAACCCAAUCUUAAAAAAGACGCCCUCCUGAAACCAAAAGAACCUGUUGCUGCUGGACCUAACAUCCUUGGUUUGUUAACCGAUGUCAAAUCCGAUGCUAGAAAGAUGAUCUAUAUGUGUUCGAAUAGUAGAAACCAUGGUUAUGUGGCUGAAGACCCUAAGGCCAAAUGUCCUAACUGCAAUUACUCCAUCUCCACCGCCGCUACUUAUGUUGCUUCACCGACUGCUGCGGUGCAAACUACUUAUUCCAGUGAGGUAGGGUAUGUGAAAGGCCUUGUUACAUACAUGAUAAUGGAUGAUCUGGAAGUGAAGCCUAUGUCUACUAUUUCUGGUAUCAGCCUGCUCAACAGGUUCAGUGUUAAGGAUGUCGGGGUCCUUGAGGAGAAGGUUGUUGAUCUAGGCAUGAAUGAGGGUGUGAAACUCCUUAAGGGGUCAUUGCAGUCAAAGUCAGUUCUCACCCAUGUGUUCCUUAGGGGGAAUGUCAAUGCAGCUUAG